GGGCUGCGGCUUCCCCGGGCUCGCUGCCUCGUCUCCGGCGUCUCCCGCCCCCGCGCUGCGCUCCCUCCUGCGCUUGCACGCGCCCCUAAGUUUGCCCGGAGCUCGCCCGGCCACUCGGAGCAGGGCCGGCCGGCCGCGCGCGGCGGGCGGGGCGGCAGCCGGGCGCCGCAGUCCCGUAGCGUCGUGGGCCAUGUAUGCUUCAUCAGACGGACUCGGGGUGCGUGGCGUCUCGCAGCCAUCAGCGCUCUGCGCGGCGACGUUUCUGACUUGAGUGGAGGAAUGCGCGAAGGCAGCCCGGCAGGACCCGGUCUCGGAGGAUGUGCUUGGCGCCAAGGCUGCUCGCCCCGGCUGACGUCCCUUCGGACCCCGCGCCACGUCUCCAUCUGAAAUAACAGAGCGGUGCCAAGCGGGAGAGAACCGCCGGGCUGCUGGUUCUGAUCCCCGGGAAUCGGGAAAUCGUCCUGCGGCUUAAUUUGAAAAAUUAAAAAAAUAAUAAUAAGAGAAAAAAAAUUAGAAAUAAGAGGAAAAAAAAAAUCCCUCCGUAAAAGUUUAAGGCGAGAAGUGUCAGAGGCAGGGGCGCGAGGAGGCGCGGAGGAGAGCGGGCAGGCGGGGACUGGGCUGCGAGACCGCCCGGCGGCGGCGAUUCCAUUAUUAAUAUCGCCACAUUUUUGGAGGGAGAGGCACCUUUCCCGUCCGCGCUUCCUCUCCGCCCACCCCUGCUCCCUCCUCCUCAUCUACCUGUCAAAGUCACCGAUCUUUUGCAUUUCGGAAGAGGACGUCAACGGGAAGGAAUCCCCCCCUCUCCGCCAGGGCUCCGAGAGGGGGCGACGCGCAGGAGGCUCCCCCCAGGGGCCCGGAGGCGAAGGGUGCUGGUGCCAGAAGGAUGGCUGCUGGGAAACAGACACCAGGCUGGAGACACGCACCCUUGUGCUUCGAGUACUGACGUCGGAGGGCGAGGAGCCCUUGGGAGCCAGCCCCGCACGCCCAGGACCUACCCCAGGGCAAUCGGAUGUGCAGCCAGAGAGCCCUCCCUUUGCCGAGUCGUGAUCUGCCAGUAGACGUCUUUUCUAAACACCAAACUAGACCCUGGUCGAAUGGACAAGGAAAAAGCUGCCGGUGGCUAUUAACUCCGAACGCCCAAGUAUGUUAGCAGGUCACCAAAGUCCCUGAUGUCCCUGAACACGCACAGUCUCUCAACCCUUCACACUCAGCUUUGGAAUCGACUUUGAGGUCUCAUCCUCUUUUAUUUUUUCCUUUAAACACAACGCUCUUUAUGUCUACGCGUAUGUGAAAUAGACACAGCCCACCGAGGAGCAGGCCCCGCGUUCGUUCCCGCCAGGGCUGCCAAGAACUCAGAGAUGUAUUUGUCACGGUUCCUGUCCAUUCACGCCCUCUGGGUGACGGUGUCCUCGGUGAUGCAGCCCUACCCGCUGGUGUGGGGACAUUACGACGUGUGUAAGACUCAGAUUUACACGGAAGAAGGGAAGGUUUGGGAUUACAUGGCCUGCCAGCCGGAGUCCACGGACAUGACCAAAUACCUGAAAGUGAGGCUGGACCCGCCGGACAUCACCUGCGGAGACCCUCCCGAGACGUUCUGUGCAAUGGGCAACCCCUACAUGUGCAAUAACGAGUGUGACGCGAGCACCCCCGAGUUGGCGCACCCCCCCGAGCUGAUGUUUGAUUUCGAAGGAAGACACCCGUCGACCUUCUGGCAGUCCGCCACCUGGAAGGACUACCCCAAGCCUCUCCAGGUGAACAUCACUCUGUCCUGGAGCAAAACCAUCGAGCUCACGGACAACAUCGUCAUCACCUUCGAGUCGGGGCGGCCGGACCAGAUGAUCCUGGAGAAAUCCCUGGACUACGGGCGCACAUGGCAGCCCUACCAGUAUUACGCCACGGACUGCCUGGAUGCCUUCCACAUGGACCCCAAGUCCGUGAAGGAUCUAUCCCAGCACACGGUCUUGGAGAUCAUCUGCACCGAAGAGUACUCCACGGGGUACAUGACAAACAGCAAGAUAAUCCACUUUGAGAUCAAAGACAGGUUCGCGUUUUUUGCUGGGCCCUGGCUGCGCAACAUGGCUUCCCUGUACGGGCAGCUGGACACGACCAAGAAACUCCGAGAUUUCUUUACGGUCACAGACCUGAGGAUCCGGCUCUUGAGACCAGCCGUCGGGGAGAUAUACGUGGACGAGCUGCACCUGGCUCGCUACUUCUACGCCAUCUCAGACAUCAAGGUGCACGGGAGGUGCAAGUGCAACCUCCACGCCACCGUGUGCGUGUACGACAACAGCAAGCUGGCCUGCGAGUGCGAGCACAACACGACGGGCCCAGACUGUGGCAAAUGCAAGAAGAACUACCAGGGCCGGCCUUGGAGCCCGGGCUCCUACCUGCCCAUCCCCAAGGGCACCGCCAACACCUGUAUCCCCAGUAUUUCCAGUAUUGGUAAUUGUGAAUGCUUCGGCCACUCCAAUCGAUGCAGUUAUAUCGAUCUGCUAAACACAGUCAUUUGCGUGAGCUGUAAACACAACACUAGAGGGCAGCACUGUGAGUUAUGCAGGCUGGGCUACUUCAGAAAUGCUUCUGCACAGCUGGACGAUGAGAAUGUGUGCAUAGACUGUUAUUGUAACCCUUUGGGCUCGGUCCAUGAACGUUGUAAUGGCUCAGGAUUUUGUGAGUGUAAGACUGGAACGACAGGGCCUAAGUGUGAUGAGUGUCUGCCGGGAAAUUCCUGGCACGCCGGCUGUCAACCCAAUGUCUGCGACAACGAGCUUCUGCACUGCCAGAACGGAGGGACGUGUCACAACAACGUGCGCUGCCUGUGCCCCGCCGCCUACACGGGCGUCCUGUGCGAGAAGCUGCGGUGCGAGGAGGCCGGCGGCUGCGGCUCGGGCUCGGGCCCCGGGGCGUCCGCGCUCCGCCGCCCGGCGCUGCUGGUGACCGCACUGCUGGCCACCGCCGGGCCCCUGGUGAUCUAGGCUGCGCCGUAGCCACCGGCCGGGCCUGUGCCCUGGGGAAGCAAACGCGGCCCAAGCCUUUGCCACUGACCCAGAAACCCACACGCAGACACCCCCACGCAGACGCAGGGAACGAACUCAAGAGGCCCGACUGAACUAAGCCAUAUUUGUCAGCCGCGGGCGCACCUGCGAGUCUGUUCCCUUCUGACUCCGGAGCGGGCAGCGGCUGGUUCGUGUCACCGAAGAGCGCGUGGCCAGCGCAGGGCUGAUCGCCGGUGGGAAAGGCUGGGACACCGCCCCGCCGCGCCCCCCCCCCCCCCCACCAACAGGAAAGACUGAAACACAAAUCAACCGACCUAAUAAGCGCUGGUACUCGCGCGCGGCGCGCCCCAGUACCACCCGGCCCAGAGCGGGGCCAACCGAGUCGGAGCGCUCUCCGCGCGGGCGCGCGCGCGGCAGCGCGGGUGCGCGCACAUCUGUUCCAGCUGCCGCCCGCCGGGCUGUCUCAGCCCCUGACUCCCUUCCAACCUGUGCUUUAGUGAACGUUGCUCUGUAACCCUCGUUGGUCGAAAGAUUUCUUUGUCUGAUGUCGGUGAUGCACAUGUGUACCAGCCCCUCCAGAAGCUCAAGCCGCGCGCGCCCCGCCUGCCCAAGCCGCACCGAGUCCCCCCAGCGCCCGGCGCCCGCGCUGCGCUGCGCCCGCUGUCCGAGAGUGGCCAUAGGGAAAAGAGAAAGUGUAUCUAUCCUUUUGUAUUCAAAUGAAGUUAUUUUUCUUGAAAUACUGUAAUAUGUAGAUUUUUUUGUAUUCUUGCCAGUUUGUGUUCCCAGACAAUCUGUUCAUGUAUCUCACUGGAGUCAGCAGACACUGACAUUUUACUUUGUCCUCUUCCGUUCCGUUUUGUUUCACUGUGCAGAGGUUUCUCUGUAAGGGCAACGAACGUGCUGGCAUCAAAGAAUAUCAGUUUACAUAUAAUAACAAGUGUAAUAAGAUUCCACCAAAGGACAUUCUAAGUGUUUUCUUGUUGCUUUAACACUGGAAGAUUUAAAGAAUAAAAAUUCCUGCAGAAACGAUUUCAGGAAUUUGUAUUGCCGUUUCUUAAGGCGAAAGGAGAAGCCACCGAGCCGUUUCACACUCACUUUACUGAUUUCCGUGUGGACUGAAUACACGCAGCUGACGAAUUCAGUUCACCCAGGAAGACGGGAUCAUGUUCCCUAGCUUGGACAGCUUCUGCAAAAUAUGAGACUAUUUCCACUUGGGAAAAUGAUAACAGAAAAAAAAAAAUCUAAGCGAUUGCCAAGAUUAUGCCAAAGCCUGUUGGCAGAGUACUAAGAGACUUUUAUUUUUCAGUCAUGCUAUUUUCACAGAUCGAUGGGACCAUGUGACUCUAGGGACGCUGAUCUAUGUAUCUUUCCAAAUACAGUGUUUACACAAGUGUCAUGAGGGGCAACCCGGGGAACCAGGGAAGUCGCAGGGAAAUUGAGUGAUUAGCAAUUGGACUUUGAAUAUAUUCAGAUAAACUAUUUAGAGGAAAUAUCAAAUAUACAGCAGCAAGUAGACGUAACUGCUGUUCCUGAGAAUAAAGUUUGUUUUAAGUACCGCC